UGAAGUGGUCCAGAUAAGACACCCCACUCUUCCAGCAACGUUAAAACAAGCUAACACACACUCAGCUGUUCCAUUCUCCUUCCAUCACCACUUUUCUUUGCCCCAUUUUCUUCUGCAUCUGCUAUGGCUAACGGCUGUGGAAACAAACGAGGUCUUAAAAGUGGCAAUGGAGGUCCUGUUCGUAGGUCUCAGAAGCCGGUGGCCACUGUGAACGAUGCCAUUUGGUUUGUGAGUGAACUCAAACACGAGUUUCGAAACCAAAAGGAGAAGUUUCGCUUGUUCCAUCAGUUCUUGGUCGAUUACAGGGAUGAUAGUAUCAGCUAUGCUACUCUUGUGGGGAAGGUGAAGGAGCUUUUGAGAGGGCACAACAAAUUGAUUAUGGGUUUUAACUAUUUCAUAGAGAAGGACUUUUGGAUUGAACUUGACGACGAGACUGCACCACAUGAUGAAGAGCAGUUCAUGAACAAGAUAAAGAACCGAUUCCAAGAUGAUGAGCUUGCUUGCAACUUAAUCUUGGACACUAUAUCAAAGUACAAGGAAGGGCUAAAGGACAUUACUGAGGUUUCACGUGAGCUUGCCAUCUACAUUGAGGGCAAUGAAGAUCUGGUGGAGGAUUUCACUAGACUCUUAGAGCGUCAUGGUUGUGGAGAUGUUGUUGAUGAGGAUGAAGGUGGAAAUCAGCAGACAACAUUUGAUCAAGUGGAGUUGAAGGAGAUAUGAAUUGUUUUUAUGUUGCAUGUUUAAUAAUAUAUACUUUCUUGUUGGACGCUGAUUACAGCGGUAAUAAUAAUUUUGCCGUGCAAUUUUUUCGACAAAAAUUGCAAACAUUAUGACAUAAUGUUUCUGGCAAAAAUUACAGACUUAUUUAGUUUGGGAUGAUAUCUCUAAAAAUAGCUCUAUUUAUAUAAUAUUUCUAUGUUGAUUUCUUGG